GCGUGAGGAAAAUAUCGGCGGAGCAAAGUUUAGAGCUUAGUGCGAAGUGAAAAUAAAAAAAUGAAGAUUGGAUUUUAUCGAAUGGGAAUCUUUGGUGUGAAGGAAAUUCAGUAGAGGCAAAUCGAAGUGCACAGUGCGUUAAAUGUGGCAAUGAUCGUUGGAUUGGAUUAUUAUCGAUUGGAAGAUUGGGAUUUUAGUCUGCGAAAAGAUAAUCGAAGGGGAAUAAAUUUGGAUCAAGUCGUCACUUUUCCGUCGUCAUUCGAAAUAUUUUCCUCAGUGAGCGUGAACUGAACUGAACAAAUUGUGGAAGAAGAAAAAGAGGAUUGUAAGAGUGAAAAGAAGAGUAUAUAGAGUCAGCCUGUGAGCGAGAGCGAGAGGGUGUGGAAAAGCAGAAAAGUUUAACAAAGAAAAGUGUCGAGCUGAGUUUUGAGUCAGUGUCAGAGCAGGAGGGGUUUAUCUCAAGGGGCGCGCAGUAAGAGAGAGAGAGAGAGGAGGGGAGACAGAAGUUUUCUUUUUUUCUUUGCUUUUUUCAAAUGGCUGACAGAAGCAGCAGCAGUGUAAAUGCAAAGUCUAGUGAUGGUGUUUCGUAUUUUGAUAGUUCACUAAAGGGAAAAAUGACUUCACAUAACAGCUCGGGCAACAAUUCCCAGGCGAGUGGCGGAAGUGGAGGACCAGGCGGGGCCACUUCCGGAACCCAGGUGACAACCAUGGUGGACCGUCUGAAACUGCUGUAUCCGAAUGUCAACGAAACCGUCGAUCCGCUGCCUCGUUCCUGGAGCCCUCAGGACAAGUGUACCACCAUCGGACUGACCCAGAAUAAUCUUCGUGUUCACUAUAAAGGCGUAGGAAAAUCACACACAGACGCAGCAUCGGUGCGUACGCAAUUUCCAAUUCCAGCAGCAUGCGGACUGUACUAUUUCGAGGUGAAGAUAAUCUCCAAAGGCCGCGAUGGCUACAUGGGCAUCGGGCUGACCGCACAUCCACACUUCAAGAUGAAUCGGUUACCGGGGUGGGAUAAGCAAUCGUACGGCUAUCAUGGCGACGAUGGCAACUCGUUUUGCUCGUCCGGGAAUGGGCAACCAUACGGGCCCACCUUUACCACCGGUGAUAUUAUUGGUUGUGGAGUUAAUUUAGUCGAUAAUACCUGUUUCUACACUAAGAACGGCCACCAUCUAGGGAUAGCUUUCAAAGAUUUACCGCCACGAUUAUAUCCCACAGUGGGACUUCAGACCCCAGGCGAAGUCGUAGACGCAAACUUCGGCCAGGAGCCAUUCAAGUUUGACAUCGAAGACAUGCUGAAGGAGCUGCGAGCGGCGACCAAAUCCACUAUUUAUAAUUUUCCCCUGCCAGAUGAUCAGGGCGAUUGGACUGUGAUCUUGCACAAAAUGGUUUCCUCGUACCUUGUGCAUCAUGGCUACAGCUCGACAGCCGAAACCUUCGCACGCACCACCGGCCAGUCUCUCCAAGAGGACAUGGUGUCGAUAAAGAAUCGACAAAAAAUAAUCAAACUAGUACUAUCGGGGCGCAUGGGGCAAGCAAUUGAGCAAACUGUACGCUUAUAUCCAGGUCUUCUGGAGUCGAACCAAAAUCUGUUGUUCAUGCUCAAAUGUAGACAGUUUAUCGAAAUGGUGAACGGAUCUGAUUUCGACCUCAGUGGUUCAUCUCAUACGAGUCCAGUGCAAACGUCUGUUAUACAAUCGACGAAAAGUUAUCAAAACGGAAACACGGUUAUCCCAGAUGGUAGUGACAAUCAGGGUUUUAGUAAAAAUAACGUUCUAAGUAAUAAUGGCACGUGUAUCGAAGACGACUACUCUAAUGACGUAGAAAUGGAAAAUGGCCAUACGAACAACGUAAAUAGUUCUAAUGGCUACAAGAACGGAACGUCAAACAGCAAUCUCAACGAUUCGCUCGACGACGACGAUGAAGACGAAGAAGAUGGCAGAGACGAGGAUAUGGAUGUGGAUUCGUCUCUAUCGCCGAACUGUAAAUCGACCAACACUGGCGUUUCGCGAUCCGGUGUCGAACGGAUGUUGGAGUUCGGUCGGGAACUGUUCCAGAUGAGCCAACGGUUAGAGAAAGAACAAGGAGUUAACGAAACUAAUCAGAAAAUGUUAGAGGAUGCAUUUAGUUUACUAGCAUAUUCUAAUCCAUGGGCAAGCCCAUUAGGUUGGCAGUUAUGUCCGUCACGGCGUGAAUCCGUGUGUGCUGCCCUCAAUUCUGCCAUAUUAGAAUCGAUGACCUACUCGUGGCGGCCGCCGCUGGAGGUGUGCAUAGCGCAUGCAUGCGAGCUACUCCGCCUGAUGUCUAGUUCAUCCCUGGGAGCGUGUGCGUUUGUCAGUGUGGAAGAUGUUCUCACCCAGCAGCAGCACCAUUGACUACAACUAAUUCUUCAGCUGUCCUCUUUUUCGAACGUUUGAACUCGACUGCGCCAAAACUUCACCCGCCCACAUGCGUAACCAGUAAGGAGAUUGUGGUUUACCUACUGUUCCCACUAGCCGUUAAGAACCUCUCACCCAUUUUGUCCCUCCUAAAUUAUGUGCAUUAUUUGUUUUUCAUAUAAAACCGAGUGCAAUGUUUCCGACAAAGGAAAAGAUUAUGCUGCUACAUUGAUUGUUUGGAACGGACUUAGGAAAUUUUCUUAGAGAUGUAUAGAACUUGCCCCCCUGAUUCGUUGUUGAUUGUACAUCAUAAUUUAUUUUUACUAUUGUGCUAAUGAAAUCGCUCCAGUUUAUACAAUGAAACCCCCAUCCUCAGUGUUCCAACCCAUGCGUGUCUCCCUUCCUGUUCUAGCUCCGCUUAGUUUGCUGUGUGGGACAGUAGUCAAUAGAGUUGAAUCGUGUUUUGCUCUCCGAAGAAAGCUCGCGUAGAAGAAAACGAAUCGAUCAUCUUGUUCAUAAUUAUUACUAUUGUUUGCCUGAUAUUUUAUUGUAAAACUGCUAUUUUUUGUUUUUAUUUUAGUUAAAUUUUCAGAUAAUAUGAAUUUGUGGUAGUCUAUGAACAAACACUUGCAUACUUCAUGGAGAAAGAAUAAAAUGAAUACCAACUAAAGAAAUGAAUGAAAACGAGUUGAUCAAGAAGCAAGGUUAUAAAACACACAUACACAGACGCGUACAUUCAUACACACACAUACACAUAAAAACGAGAGAAAGAAGCAAAUACUUAAGGCUAGAUAAUAAGACGAUGACAAAGAUAAGAAAAAAACGAUCUAAUACUAUGAAUAAUAAUAUAUUUACAAACAAAGAAUGAGACAAAGUUGAUCAAGUGAAAAUUGCAAGAAACUGCUAUUUUGUUAUAGUAAUUGAUGAUUUCAGAGUCCAAUAUCCGUAACGAUUGUUUUUCUCCAAGUUGUAUGUCAUUUUCUCAAUACAUAAUCCUUAAAACUUGAAAUGGGACUUUUAUCUAUCGUCUUUGCACACAUUCAAUAAAACCUACAUUUCAGAAAAAAAUAACUAACUAUGGAAGACCGAAAAUCGUAAAUCUGAAUUGAUGAAAGGCGUAAAGCCACGUUGUAGAAUUUCGAAAAUGCAAUUACGGAAGUCUUUCUUCUCCCUUGGGAUCUGUUCUUCGAACAGUUUUAUAAAAUUCAUAACGACCAAACUAGUUUUCUCUAAGCCGGGUCUCAUUCAAGUAUUAAACAAAUUUUUUUUUUGGAUUGAUUUAUGAAAAUGACGUACAAUUGACCAUGAUAAUUGCCACUGAGUUUGUACAUUGACCAGUUGUUAGUUGUGCAUUGAGCCAAGCUGGCUUUUCAAUUAGAUCUUUCAUAUUUCUUUCAAACAUCUAUUGCAAAUGGUCCCCAUACAAGUGUUCAAUAUUAGCCAUGGUCAACUUUCCAAUUCGGCUGUUUGAAUUACCAUACGAUUACAAUUACUACAAAUCGAUUCCUUUUCAAACCUAGAGAAAAGAUGAUUGAUAUUUUUUGGAUCAAAAUUUAGUUAAAUGUUAGUUUUGGCGUGCAAAAAGAAAUAAAAACCAAUAAAAGUUAUCCAUCGAGAUAAAACAAUAUGGCAUUGUGAGUUAGUGUAAAAUUCUGGAAGCGCGUUAAAUCGUUUCAUCAUUUGCUUUUAAAGUGUGUCUUCCAGAAAGCGCAUGUAAUAAAACAUCCCCUCGAAAUAUGGACAGUGUCUUCACUCCCGUGUGCUUGUUAGUUUCGAAUACCGUUACCAUUUCUCGAUAAAUAGCCUUUCCCGUGAACAAAGCAGUAACAAUUAACAAUUUGUUGAUUUGCGCUAGGGUAUUGUAAAAAGUAACCAUGUUCGUAUAUGAUUUCGUUCGCACUCUUAUCGUAUGCAAAUAAAAAAUCAACAAGUUUCGCUAACGUCGUUUAACACAGAAUAAGAGAGAACAUUGCGUUAAUCAGAUAAUAAUAAAACAUAGAUGAAGCCACAUUUGUUUGACAAAAAUGAUGAACGGAACGUGUGAAUAAGCUAGGGAUGAAUGGAAUUUCUCUUAUGUAAUAGCGUUACUGGAUGUAGCGAUUAAAUAGUAAGUAAUAAAACAGCAGAGUAGAGAGAAUUCACUCACGUAUGAUGAAGUAAAACAAAACAUGAAAUAACGAUAAUUAGUUUUAGUGCUAAGUUCGCAAAAUAUAUAUAUUUUAGAAGUAAGUUUUGUGAAAUCACUGUGAAUAUCGACGAUUAAUCAGAAAAGAAAAUGAGAAACGAUGAUCAGAUGAAUAAAAGUUUUAAUUUCAAAAA